AUGCCUCCUCAGAUAAAGCAGGAUUUGAAUCGCUCCGGAUGGGAAACCACCGACUUCCCGUCCGUGUGCGAGAGUUGUCUGCCGGAGAACCCAUAUGUGCAGAUGUUGAAGGAAGACUAUGGCGCUGAAUGCAAAAUCUGUACGCGACCAUUUACUAUUUUUCGCUGGAAAGCAGACCGCACUGCUCGCACCAAGCGAACCAACAUCUGCCUGACAUGUGCCCGCCUGAAGAAUUGUUGCCAAUGCUGCAUGCUCGACUUGUCUUUCGGUUUGCCAAUUGUCGUCCGUGAUGCUGCCUUGAAAAUGGUCGCGCCCGGGCCGCAAAGCGGGAUCAAUCGAGAAUUCUACGCCCAGAAUCAUGAAAAAGAAAUCGAAGAAGGCCGUGGAGCCAUCGAGGCUUACGAGAAGACGGAUGAGAAGGCCCGAGAGCUUUUGAAAAGGCUCGCUAAUAGCGAACCAUAUUACAAGAAACAGCGUCGCAUUGAGGCUGCACCCCAGGAUGAGGAGGACAAUACAGAAGCCGAUCAGGCUCCCAGUCGUAGUGCGUAUGGUAACGGGCCCGGUCCGAUUCGCACAAGCGAUAGUCGGAGAGGGGGAUCACUUAAUGGGCGCGGAGGACGUGGCCGAGGAGGUGGACGUGGUGGUCGCCCAUUCCCUCCUACAGCUCAACUACCCCCGUCACCUGAGGAUUUCAUACCUCCAGCUGACCCCAAAAUCACAUCGCUUUUCGUCACCGGGGUGGAGGACGAUCUUCCGGAACAUGAACUGCGCACCUUUUUCAGCGAAUUCGGUCAAUUGCGGUCGUUGAUCUGUUCCCAUCGUGCUCAUUGCGCAUUCGUAAACUACGCGACACGAGCAUCCGCAGAAGCUGCUGCACUGCAUUGUCAAGGCAAGGCCACUAUCAAGGGAUGUCCUCUCCGAGUCCGUUGGGGAAAGCCAAAGCCCUUGGAUAGCAUGGGUGACGAAGAACGAAGACGCAAUGCUCGCGAAGGUCGACAACUCGUUCCGCCAACUCGGGCCGGUCCUUCAGGUCAGCGAGCAAUCACUGCCUCCGGGGACGCUACUGGGGCUGAGAAGCCACAGUACUCCGUCGCACCUCCGCCAGGAAGCAGUGAGAUUCAAUAUGCCAGUUUAUCCGGCGAGUGA